UUUGAGAUCGCUAGACACGACGCGACACCAGAUUUGCAUUCUCGCCGUCAUGCGCCCAUCGUAUCACGAAGUCAAGUCGCCGGUCGUGCUCAGCGCGGAUGCGCCGACGCUGCACCCGUCCGAGACGGCGUCGUGGCCAGCCCACGUGACGCUGUCGUGGCUGAGCCAGCUGUUGCGCCGCGGCGCCAAGACGCCGCUCCAAGAAGACGACGUGUGGUCUGUUCGACGCGCCGACUCGGCCGCAGCGCUUGCUGCCCGCUUCCAACAGCAGUGGCGCGCCGAGCGCCAAACGCUACAGCCGUCCUUUGGCCGAGCGCUCUUGCGCACGCUGCGCUGGGAGUCCAUCUCGGCCGUAAGUCUCUACUUUGCCUCGACGUUUCUCUCGUUGCUGCAGCCGAUCCUAAUCAAGUCGAUUCUACAAGUCCUCACGGGCGAGUCGUCGGUCGUUGGUAUUGCGUCGGGCUACGUGCUCGCCGUCCUGCUCACACUCGUGACGCUUCUCUCGGUCACCGCGAUCGACUAUGGUCAGUCGUGGAUGACGUCGAUUGGUGCGAACGCGCGGUCGAUCGGAAUGGACGCCAUCUUUACACACAGCCUCGCACAAUCAUCAGCGCGGGUUGCUUCGUCGGGCGACGUCGUCACGCUCGCGUCCGUCGACGCCGAGCGCCUCUACCUCGGGUACCUUUUUGUCGCGUGGACGCUGACCGUGCCAACGGCGCUCGUCUGCAUCUUUGUGCUGCUCGGUAUCGAGCUUGGUGCGUGGCCAGCCCUCGCCGGCGGCGUCGCGAUGUUUGGCAUGCUCUACCUCGGGUACGCGUCGGCGACGUCGGUCGGUCAUGUCCGCGCGCGCCUCCUCUCAACGCAAGCACAGCGUCUCAAGCUCACCAACGAGGCGCUGGCCGGUGCCCGCGCGCUCAAACUCAACAACUGGGAGCGCCAUCUCGAGGACGAGAUCACCCGCACGCGCACGUUGGAGCUGACGUACUUGCAGACGUACCAGAACCGCCGCAUCCUCAACAUGGUCGUACUCUCCGUCGCGCCCAUCUUAUCGCUCGCGCUCUGUCUUGGCAUCUACGUGGCCCAAGGCGACACGCUGGAUGCGGCAAAAGCGUUCGUGGCGCUUGCCUAUAUCAACAACGCGCGCCACCCGUGCACGGUGUUUGCAAAUGCCGUCGUCUCGGUCGCCGAGGCCAAGGUGUCGGCGAAGCGUAUUGGCGACUUUUUGCUCCAAGAUGAGCUCCCGUCACUCGUGCCACUGACAACACAUACGCCACCAAGUACUACAUCGUCGAACGAAGGGGCGCUUGUCGUUGCGGAAGAACGCCAAGUCGGUGCUGUCACGGCUGCGACGUAUGUGGCGUACUGCAGUGCGAGCGGCUUCAACGGCGUGGUUGUCGGGACACUGCUCGUCAGUCUCUUUGUCAUUGCGCAGGUCGCACUCUCCAUGACGGACUGGUUCAUGGGGUACUGGUCGGCCCACGCAACGUCUGGCUCGCACGGGACGUACACGGCCAUCUAUGUGGGAAUGGCGCUCGCCUCGAUCGGCCUCGUGUGGCUACGGAGUGUCUUUCUCUUGCAACUCGCUGUCGUCUGCUCUCGUGCGCUCCACGGCCGCCUGCUCCACCGCGUUCUCGAGGCGCCGGUCAACACGUUCUUUGAUGUGACGCCGAUCGGGCGGAUCCUCAACCGCUUCUCGAGCGAUUUGGACCAGGUCGACUCGCAGCUCCCGAUGUUUGGCCUCUUCUUUGCCCAAGUCUCGCUGCAGGUACUGGCGAUUGUCGUUGUCUGCGCCGUCUCGCUGCCCUACCUCUUGCUGCUGUACAUUCCGAUCGCCUAUGUCUUUUACGUCGUCCAGCGCAUGUACGUUCGUGCGUCGAGCGACCUCAAGCGCAUGGAUGCGACGUCGCGCUCGCCACUGCUCCACCUUCUCAACGAAGCGCUCUCGGGCUUGCCGACGCUGCGCGCGUACCGGCAGAUCCCUGCCAUGAUUGCUACGCACCGGGCGCGCAUUGACGCCAACACCAAGUUCUUCCUCACGUACCGCAUCUCGUCCCAGUGGCUCACGAUGCGUCUCGAUUGGCUCGCAGCGCUCGUGCUCGCCGCUUGA